AUGGCGAACUCCAGGUUUGAAUACGUCAAGGACUUCGAGCAGCCGGACGGUCUGCUACCCAAUACGUGGAUCGUGGUGCGCAUCGAUGGCAGGGGAUUCCACAAACUGUCGAAUCAUUAUCAAUUCAUCAAGCCCAAUGAUCGCCGUGCACUGGAUCUCAUGAAUGCUGCCGCCGUCGAGGUCAUGAAGGAGCUCCCCGAUCUAUGCAUUGCCUACGGUGUCAGCGACGAGUUCAGCUUUGUUUUUCACCCCAGCUGUCAACUCUUCGAGCGACGGAAUGCAAAAAUUGUCACUACCAUUGUGUCAACUUUUACAGCGUACUACAUUCACAAAUGGGCUGAAUUCUUCCCUUCCACGCCUCUCAAGCCACCGUAUCUGCCCUCUUUCGAUGGUCGAGCUGUGAUCUACCCAUCGAGCGCGAUUCUCCGAGAUUACAUGAGUUGGAGACAAGUUGAUUGUCACAUUAACAAUCUCUACAACACAACUUUCUGGACGAUGGUGCAACAGGGUGGUAUGAGCAAUACAGAUGCCGAGCAGGAGUUGAAGGGAACGGUCUCGUCUGAUAAAAACGAAAUUCUGUUCAAGCGAUUUGGUAUUAACUACAACAACGAAGAGGAAAUAUACAAGAAGGGAAGCGUGUUAUACCGCCAGUUCGAGCUCCAAGAGCCCAAGGUAGCUCAGUCAGAAGAGGAGGGCUCUGCCGUGCCGCAAGCAGAGACGUCUAGAUCACAGCAGGACAAGCUUAAGAGAUUGAGGCGGAAGGCCCAGGUGGUUGUCGACCACAUCGAUAUUAUCAAGGAUGACUUCUGGCUGAGACGACCCUGGAUUCUAUCCGGUAAGCCGGGUAAGCUACCCGGGGUCCCAGCUUAG